AUGAAUUGGCUUGUGCUUCUCGGGCUGAUGGCCUUCUCAGAGUGCAUAGUCAAAAUACCUCUAAGGAGAGUGAAGACCAUGAGAAAAACCCUCAGUGGAAAAAACAUGCUGAACAAUUUCUUGAAGGAGCAUCCUUACAGACUGUCCCAGAUUUCUUUUCAUGGCUCAAAUCUAACUAUUCACCCACUGAGAAACAUCAGAGAUAUAUUCUACGUGGGUAACAUCACUAUUGGAAUACCCCCUCAGGAAUUCCAGGUUGUCUUUGACACAGGCUCAUCUGACUUGUGGGUGCCCUCUGUCUUUUGCAACAGCUCAGCCUGUUCUACACACGUUAGGUUCAGACAAUGUCAGUCUUCCACCUUCCGGCCUACAAAUAAGAUGUUCUGGAUCAUGUAUGGAUCUGGGAGAAUGAAAAGAGUUGUUGCUCAUGACACAGUUCAGAUUGGGGACUUUUUAAGUACUGACCAGCCGUUCAGUCUAAGUGUGGCCGAAUACGGGUUUGAGGACAGAAGAUCUGAUGGUGUCUUGGGCUUGAAUUACCCCAACCAAUCCUGCUCUAGAGCCAUCCCCAUCUUUGACAAGCUGAAGAAUGAAGGUGCCAUUUCUAAGGCUGUUUCUGCCUUCUACUUGAGCAAAGACGAGCAGGAGGGCAGUGUGGUGAUGUUUGGUGGGGUGGACCACCACUACUACAAGGGAGAGCUCAAAUGGGUACCAUUGGUCCAAGCAGAUGACUGGACUCUACACAUAGACCGCAUCACCAUGAAAAGAGAGGUUAUUGCUUAUUCUGACAGCUGCGCAGCCAUGGUGGACACAGGGGCAUCACAUAUCCAAGGCCCAAGAGGACUGGUCAAUAACAUACAAAAGCUCAUUGGCGCCAAGCAACGGGGUUCCAAGAGAAAGGUCAAUACUCUGCCCUCUAUUAUCUUCACCAUCAAUGGCAUCAACUACCCAGUGCCAGCUCGAGCCUACAUCCUCAAGGAUUCUAGAGGCGGUUGCUAUACUGCCUUUAGAGAGUAA